AUGUCGCUCUUAGAUACUGUGGAAUUACAAGGAAUUCGAGGUGUUGGAGUUGGACCUCAAAAUGCGAAUGUAAUUGAGUUUUUGUCACCACUUACUAUUAUUUGUGGUCCAAAUGGUGCGGGAAAGACAACGAUCAUCGAAGCUCUUAAAUAUGUUACAACUGGAGAAUUACCAAAAGGCAGUUUCCAGGCAUUCAUACAUGAUAUGCGAUUAGCUGAUAGAACACGAGUGGAUGCUUCAGUAAAGUUGAAAUUCAAAGAUAUAAAGGGGAGAUGUUGUGUUGUGACUCGUCGUUUAAUGCAGUCUAAAGGAGCAAAGGGUAAAGUGACAAAUAAGUCUGAAGAAAGUACGAUCGCAAUAGAAAAAGAACCUGGUGAAUGGAAAAGCUUGUCGUCAAAAGUUAUUGAUUGCAGAAAAGAGAUAUUAAAUCUUCUUGGUUUACCUGCAGCAAUUUUGGAGUAUGUUGUUUUCUGUCACCAGGAAGAAUCGUCUUGGCCGCUGGACGAGCCUAAAAAACUGAAAGAGCGUUUUGAUGAGAUUUUCCAAGUUACGGGUUAUGUCAAAGCUAUCGAAGUAUUGAAAAAGGAACUAAAAGAGAAUUUGCACAAUGAAUGCGUUAACUUGAAAAUACUAGUAGCGAGAAAUGAAAAGGAAAUUUCACUUAAUGAAAGUGCACUGAAAGAAAAAUUUACACAGAAAGCUGAAAAAGUUGUCGAACUGGAGAAAGCAGAAAUGUUAAGAAAGAGGCAUGAUAUGGUCGAAGCAGAAAGACAGAUACUUGUUGACCAAAUCAAAAACUUCUCAGUGGCUGAUUAUGAAGGGAACAUCGACGAACUUAAACAUGAAAUCGAAUCGAUUUUACAAUCUGAUGAAUUUGAAAAUGCGCAACGCAAUCGUGAACGUAUUGAUUUGGAGAUCGAGACUCUUAAUAAUAAGAUUAAGAAAUAUAUGUCGAAAAAAGAAAUGCUUAAUAAUGAAAUAGUGCAACUCAAAAGUGUUCAAAUGAUGCGAGAGAAGCUGAAUAUAGAAAAAAAACAGUGUUUGGAAAAGUGCAGCAGAAAUUUUGACUUGAAAAGUGAGCAUUUGAUAGUUUACAUUUCUAACUCUUACAAAGCAGAUUUGCAGGCUGAAAGAGAACGACUGCAGCUAGUUUGUCAAGAAGAGAUUGAUGGUAUAUCGGAACGUUUAGCUCAAAUCACUUUUACAGCAGAAAUGAAAAGUAAGGAAUGUAAACGGCUUGAAAGAGAUAUAUCUGCAGCAGAAUUUGAUUUGUUGGAAGCUUCUACCUCUCUUCAAGAGUUGAAUCAUUUGCAAAAUGAAAUAUCGGAACAAGAGAAAGUGCUAGAAACUCUACAGAACAAUGAGAGGUUAACAAAAUCAGUGCAAAAUUUGAAAGAUGAGAGAGAUGACAUUGCGAGCAAAAUAGAAAAACUGAAGAAAGAAUGCCGUAUUAAAGAAAACGCGGAGGAAAUUGAAAAUAAAAUCAAUGAAAAAAAUAAUGAACUAAAGAAAUUCGAAGAACAACUUCAUGCGCUUAAAAGCAAGCAUAGAAGUUCUUUUUUACAAAUAUUCAAUUCUGAAGAACCAGAAUUUCCAUUGUGCGGGAAACCUUUUAUUUCUAGUGACCAACUCAACAUUCAUAUUCGGAAAAUAAUGCGAAAUUUGACGGCAGCAGAGGAUGAGUUCAAAAUUCGGGAAAAAGAAAUAUCUCGUAUUCAGUUUACCAUAUCACAGAUAAGUCGAGAGAUAGAUCAAUUAUCUGAACAGACCGCAUCGUAUAGACAAAAAAUAAAAAAGUUCUGUAUGUUUUCUAAGGUUGUUACUCAUGAAAAUGAAGUGGAAACACGGUUAAAUGAAGUCAAAACUCUUCUCAAAAAAUCGCAGCAAGAUUCAGGGCGCGUUGAUGGUUGUGCUUAUUUAUAUGAACAAUGGGACGAGGAAGUUGCUAUGAAGAAGUGUUGUCCUUUGUGUGAACGACCCUGUGAGAACACAGAGGAUUCUAUGAUCCUUCGUGAAAAGUUGAAGCUUCGGAAAAGCAACUUGCCUAAAGAGGCGGAGACUUUGUUACGUAAAAUGAAAAAUUACGAAGAUAUGCAUAAUGAACUGAUGGAAAUUAUGCCUUAUGUUGGUAUGUUAGAAAAAAGUAAUCGUGAAAAGGAGCAUUUGCAAGAAAACCUAAUCAAAGCUGAAGAAAAGAUGCGUCAGUUGGAGGGGGAAUUCUCGAAGGCAAAGUCGGAAAGAGAUACUUUGUUUGAAAAGUCGAAUGUGAUUCGCGAUGUUCAGACUGAUGCUUCUUUGAUGGAUAACAUUUGGAAAUCAGUAUCUUGUUCAAAACGCAGUAUACAGUUGCUUAAUGCGGAAGUUGAUUUUGAAACUUGUUCGGAGCGAUCAUUAAAUGAAAUACGCAAGGAAAUAAAAAUUAACGAAGAAAGAUUCAAAGAAAUGAUUGAUGAACUCGACAUGGUUCAAGCAGCAGCUUACGAGAAAAAUAAACUUAUUGAGAAGUUAAAUGGGACAAAAGAACAACGCAUGAAGUUAGGCGAUAAAAUAUUGCGCCUUGAUUCAUUUAAAAAAGUGCUGAAUGUAAGGCAAAAAGAAUAUCAGGAAGUGGUGGAGGAAUUGAAAAAAAUUACGUUAAAGCAACCAAUUGUCGAGCAGGAAUUGCAGGCCAAAAAAGAAGAGCGAUCAAUUUUACAAAAUAGAAAUAUAAAUAAAGAAGCAGAAUUAAUGCGUUUAUUACGAGAUUUAGAGGAUUCUGCAAAAGAAUUAGAGUCUUUGGAUGUAAAAUUGCAAAAUAUGGGAGAUGGUUCUGAAGAUAUCAAACUCCGUGAAGAAGAUUUAUCUAAAGUAAAUACAGAAAUUGAUAUGUGUAAUGCCAAAAUUUGCCAGUUAAUGGGGCAAAUUGAUUAUUUAAGUUCGAAGCAAGAACGGAAACAUAGAUUAGAAGAUCAGCUGCGGAAGUUGGAAUUACAAGAACGAAUUAGAAUUUUAGAUCAAAGUUUAGAAGAUACCAAAUGGCAUGGCAAGCCAUAUGCAGAGUUAAAAAAGGAACAUGAUGUACUCUUAAACAAAUUAACUGAACUCCAGUUGAUUGUUGAAAAUAAGAAAGGUAUUUAUUGCGAACAAAAAAAACGAUUAGUAGUUCUGGAGAAGACAUUGUCAUCUGCUGAAUAUGCGAAAUUUAAAGAGGAUUUUAAAAAGGAAGUUGUGAAAAAAUGUGUUACUACAAAAACUAUCGAGGAUUUAAUGAAUUACAUACGAGUGGUUGAUGAUUCCGUUGUAAAAUUUCAUGCUCAAAAAAUGGAAGAAAUCAAUGAAGUGUUAGGUUCCCUGUGGGAAAAAGUUUAUCAUGGAAGUGAUAUCGAGACUAUUCAAAUCAAGUCCGAAAGUGCUGGCGAAAUGGAAAAGAAAAAGUCUUAUAACUAUCGUGUAGUAAUGUAUGUCAAUGGUACUGAAAUUGAUAUGCCCGGAAGGUGCAGUGCUGGCCAGAAGAUGCUUGCAUCGAUACUGAUAAGAAUUGCACUGUCUGAUGUUUUCUGUGAUAAAUGUUCGAUAAUUGCUUUAGAUGAGCCGACAACAAACUUAGAUGUACUAAAAGUAGAAAAUUUGGGCGAUAUGUUGGCAGAUAUUAUUUCAGUCCGGUGCUCAAAUAAUGCUAAGACUUUCCAACUUAUUGUAAUAACUCAUGAUAGCCGAUUCGUAGAGCAUCUCAGGCAAUUAUGUCGACCAGAAUGGGUCUAUUCAGUUUCCAAAAAUAGCGAAGGCUUAUCCCGAGUAAAGCGUCACCGAAAUCUUGAAGAUGCAGCCAUGCGUGAAGAAUGA